CCCGUGCUCGCUGCAUAUGCAAUGGCGCUGUGUCAGGCAGUGUGCUCAUUAUGCACAUUAUGCCUCCACGUCUCAGACCAGAGCACAGGCUCCAGUGGACAGCAGCCCCUCGGACGGCGCUUGUGAUCCUGAAGCCAGAUGAUCCCAAGGUCAACGAGUCCUUCAGGGAGCUAACGAGCUGGAUAAAGGACGAGUUCCCGGAUCUCAAUAUCGUCGUUGAGCCCGUGAUAUGGGAGAAGUAUCGAAAGGAGUAUCCGUUCCUCAUCACUGCCCCGUCUGGAUGCGAGUUCCAAGAGUUCUCCAGGGUCGUUGACUUUGUGGUGACCCUCGGCGGAGACGGGACAAUUCUGCAUGUGUCGUCGCUCUUCAAGAAGGCAGUGCCGCCGAUCCUAUCGUUUUCCCUGGGCAGUCUUGGGUUCCUUGUGCCAUUCGGCUUCAACCAUCACAAGCCCGCCAUCCGGAUCGUCAUGAACGGCUUGGUUCCUCUCACGCUGAGAAUGAGGCUUGCCUGCUCCUUCUGGCGUGCUGGGAAUGCAGAGCCUGAUGCAUUUGAGGACGGCAUCGAUCAGUUACAAGCCAUGAACGACAUCACCCUCCACCGUGGUCGCUCGCCUCAUUUGACGUCGAUCGAGUGCUAUGUCGGCGCCGAUCGGCUGACGGAUGCAUUGGGGGACGGACUGAUUGUGGCCACCCCAACAGGCUCCACAGCAUAUUCACUGUCGUCGGGCGGCUCCAUCGUGCACCCGGCCGUGCAGAGUAUCUUGCUGACCCCGAUUUGUCCAAGAUCGCUUUCGUUCCGGCCGGUGCUCUUGCCGCCUAAUGAGGUUGUCAGACUCAAGCUCUCGCCCAACAGUCGCGGAACGGCCGAUGUCUCGGUCGAUGGCCUGCACCUCAACUUUGACAAGGGCGAUAUCCUCGAGGUCAAGAUGUCGGCCUAUCCGAUUCCCUCGAUCGGCCGGCGUGACGGCGGUGGCUACUGGGUACGGGACAUCAAUCAAUCGCUCCACUGGAAUCAGACCUUCCAAAACACAAGCGUUCUGCACCAGUCGACCGCCUGGAACACCGAGUGGAGCAUGUAGCCGACGGUGCCGUCUUGCACUGCCAAUUAUGCACAGCCGAUGCCUCCGUCCGCCAUACUCCAAGCCUUGCAGUUUGGCCGCAAGGGAUCCGCCGGGCUUCCCCUCGUCCCCCUCAAGCGCCACUCUAGUUUGCGUGCAUCCGUUACGACCCAGUAUUUUCACUGAUGUAUUGGCGUACAACAACGGAGAGGCGGACAUUGAUAAAGCAUAACAAAUGGCGGGACGCUUCGUUAU